GUUUCCCGUUCCGUUGAAUCGACACGCCGCAAGAAAUCGACUCCUGAAAUUCCUGCUCUGAACCCUUAGCCGAGCUAAACAGACUAACUAGAAGUGCUUUUUUGGGGUAAUUCCUGACGAUUUAGGGAUGUACUGACGGACGGAGACGAUGAAGAUAAAAGUAUAGCAAUAAGAUGUGCCUGGCCUGCCGGAGGGCAGCAACAGAAGACAGUGAAACUACAGCGGAGGGCAGCAACAGAAGACGGUGAAACCACCGUGGAGGGGAGCAGCAGAAGACUGUGAAACUACCGUGGAGGGCAGCAGCAGAAGACAGUGAAACUACCGUGGAGGGCAGCAGCAGAAGACGGUGAAGCUACCGUGGAGGGCAGCAGCAGAAGACGGUGAAGCUACCGUGGAGGGCAGCAGCAGAAGACGGUGAAGCUACCGUGGAGGGCAGCAGCAGAAGACGGUGAAACUACCGUGGAGGGCAGCAGCAGAAGACGGUGAAACUACCGUGGAGGGCAGCAGCAGAAGACGGUGAAACUACCGUGGAGGGGAGCAGCAGAAGACGGUGAAACUACCGUGGAGGGCAGCAGCAGAAGACGGUGAAGCUACCGUGGAGGGCAGCAGCAGAAGACGGUGAAGCUACCGUGGAGGGCAGCAGCAGAAGACGGUGAAACUACCGUGGAGGGCAGCAGCAGAAGACGGUGAAGCUACUGUGGAGGGCAGCAGCAGAAGACCUUCUCAUGGCCUGCCAGUCUGUCUCCAUCAUCAACAUGGACGAGCAGGCCCUGCUGGGGCUCAACCCUAACGCAGAUGCCUGCUAUAGGCAGAAGGCGAUGGUGUAUUUUGAGCAGUUGAAGGAGUCCCAGGAUGCCUGGGAGGUGUGUGCAGAGGCCCUGGCUAAAGGCAUUUACAGUGACGACCAUGUGAAGUUCUUCUGUUUCCAAGUCCUGGAGCACCAGAUCAAGUACAGACAUGGAGGGCUCAGUCCUGCCCAGCAACAGCUGAUCAGAGAAACCCUGAUGAAGUGGCUCCAGGGUCAGUUAAUGAACUCCCAACCAGAGAAGCCGUUCAUCCGUAACAAGGCAGCCCAGGUGUUUGCUCUGACCUUCGUGAUGGAGUACCUGACCCACUGGCCCAAGUUCUUCUUCGACCUGCUGUCUCUAGUGGGCCUGAACCCACACGGGGUCGACGUCUACCUCAGGACACUGAUGGCUAUUGACGCUGAGGUGGUGGACAGAGACAUCCUGCACUCCCCUGAGGAGGUUUGUAGGAACACAUUAAUAAAGGAUGGUAUGAGGGAGCAGGUCAUCCCCAGCCUGGUUGAGUCCUGGUACCAGAUCCUCGGGGCCUAUCUAGCAGUCUCCCCUGAGAUCACCUGUCAAUGUCUGGAGGUAGUGGGGGCUCUCUCCUGGAUAGACCUCAACCUCAUCGCCAACGACCCUCCGUUUGUGAACCUGCUGCUGAGUCAGAUGUCUGUGGAGGACCUGAGAGAGGAGGCGUGUGACUGUCUGUUUGAGAUUGUCAAUAAAGGAAUGGACCCGACAGACAAGACCAAGCUGGUCGAGUCCCUCUGUCAAGUCCUGCAGUCGGCUGGCUUCUUCAACGUGGACCAGGAGGAGGAUGUGGACUUCCUGGCUAAGUUCUCCAGACUGGUGAACGGGAUGGGCCAGUCUCUGGUGCUGAGCUGGACCAAACUGGCCAAGGGGGGCGAGGUGAAGGCAGCCGCCGAGGCGUUGUGCGCCCUCGAGACCAAGGUUCCUCUGCUCCUCCAGCUGCUGGUCCACGACGACGACGACAUCUCAGCCAACAUCGUAGGCUUCUGCUACGACUACCUGCACGUACUGAAACAGGGGUCCGAGUGGAAGAGUCACAUGCCUCAGGUAGGGAGAGGAGGACAGGAGGCCAUUGAAGAGUACUGGGACUCAGACAAGUUCCCGCUGCUGACAGACCAACAGAAGACUCACGUUGAGGACAUCAUGUUGGCCGUCAUGAAGAAACUAACUUAUGAUGAAGAGUACAACUUUGACAACGAGGGGGAGGAUGAAGCGAUGUUUGUAGAGUACAGGAAACAGUUGAAGAUGCUGUUGGAUCGCCUGGCUCAGGUGUCUCCUGACCUGCUCCUGGACGCUGUAGGCAGAGUCUUCAACAACACCAUACAGCGUUGGCAGACGUCGUCCUUCAUGGAGGUGGAGGUGGCCAUCAGGCUGCUGUACAUGCUGGGAGAGGCUCUGCCUGCGUCUCACGGAGCUCACUUCUCUGGCGACACGGCCAAGACCUCCGCCCUGCAGGACAUGAUGAGAACGCUGGUCUCCUCUGGUCUCAGUGGUUACCAACACACGUCUGUGUCGCUGGAGUUCUUCGAGACGGUGGUUCGUUACGACAAGUUCUUCCUGGUUGAACCGCAGCACAUUCCCAACGUCCUGAUGUCCUUUCUGGACCAUCGGGGUCUGAGACACAGCAGUCCUAAGGUCCGUAGCAGAGUGGCCUACCUCUUCUCACGGUUCGUCAAGACACUGCAUUCAUUCCCCUCCCCAUAUGUGCCUCAGGAGAACGGUUUCCCUGCGCUGCUGACCAGCGAUGACCAGCUGUUUAUAUUUGAGACGGCGGGGGUGUUGAUCGUCCACGGAGAGAGUCCCGCGGAGAGGAAGCAGGCUCUGAUGAGAUCCCUGCUGACGCCGCUGACCGACGCCUUCCGUCUGCUGCUGGCCAAACUGGCCUCUGAGAGGGAGGAGGAGAGGCAGGCUGCGCUGGCCGACUGUCUGAGUCACGCUGUUGGCUUCGCUAGUCGUACCAGUAAGGCGUUCAGCAACAAGCAGACAGUGAAACAGUGUGGAUGUACUGAAGUCUACAGAGACUGUCUGCAGACCUUCCUGCCUGCACUGAGCUGUCCUGUCCGGAGGGGGUCUCUGCGUAGCGCCGUCCGCUCCUUCCUCCAUCGCAUGAUCAUCUGUCUCGAAGAAGAGGUCCUGCCCUUCGUCCCUGCGGCAUCGGAGCACAUGCUGAAGGACUGCGAGGCCAGGGACCUGCAGGAGUUCAUACCCCUCAUCAGUCAGAUCACCGCCAAGUUCAAGGACCAGGUGUCUCCGUUCCUGCAGCAGGUGUUCAUGCCUCUGGUCCUGGCCAUCUUUGAGGUGUUGUGUCGACCUGCUGAGGACAACGACCAGGCAGCAGCUCUGGAGAAACACAUGUUACGUAGAAGCUACUUCACCUUCAUACAGACGAUAACCUCCAGUGGGAUGAACGAAGUCCUGGCCAACCAGGGUGUCGAGAACGUAGAGCGGGUUCUGUUCACCAUCAUCCAGGGAGCUGUGGACUUCCCCGACCCCAUCGCCCAGAAGACCUGCUUCAUCAUCUUGUCCAAGCUGGUGGAACUCUGGGGAGGUAAAGACGGUAUGGCUGGUUUCCCAGACUUCAUCUAUAAACACAUCGUCCCAGCAUGCUUCCUGGCUCCUCUCAAACCUUCCUUUGAUCUCACAGACGCUCAGACCGUCCUGACGUUGUCAGAGUGUGCUCUGACGUUGAAAAUGAUUCAUCUCAGAAGGGGUCCGGAGUUUAUCCAGUACCUUCAACAGGAGUACCUCCCUUCUCUACAGGUGUCACCUGACAUCACACAGGAAGUGUGUCAAGUGCUUCAGCAGCCAGACGCCAAGGUCCUCAAAAACUACAUGAAGGCUUUCUUUCAGCGAGCCAAACUGUAAAUACGAACCGAGCUGGAAAGAUUGAGAGAGGACACUGGAAACUAAGAGAAGACUGGUAGUGAGAUAGUACCACUCACUACGGACAGAGAGAGAGAUCUUAAAGACGGAGAGCUUAGCAUAGGAGCGGCCUUAGCACUUCUGAAGGUAACUGCAUAACCCCGCCCAUCCUGUCCACGUGGGAGGGAACGGAGCCAAGACACAAGGACACGAGUGGUCAAGGAGGCUUUCCCUGGGGUGACCACACCCCCCUCCACUGAUCCAGGCCCAAUCAAGGACCUGCUCUCCAUCUGGGGUGGAACCCUGGUCAAGUGAAGAUGUGAUUGGUUGGAUUCUCUGCAAGACAGGAAGUAAACUAGAGUAUUAGAGGAAGGCUUAUGGAACGAGGCUUCCAUAGUAGAGUACUAUGUUGGUAAUGAUCCAACAAUGACCUGAACACAAUCUAACGAUUAGGAUUUAUUUUCUCUUUUUUUUUUUUUUAAACGUUUUCAAGAUGUCUUUCAUUUGAGUGGUUGAACGUGGAGGUUUUGUUUCUCUUUGCCCUGUGAAUGAAUUGAUGGACUAAAUAAAAGGGCUGGCUUGA